CGUGCCACACAAGUAGCUAUACUUAAUGCGAACUACAUGUCCAAGCGUUUAGAAAACCACUACAAAACUCUUUACAAAUCAUCAACGAGCGGACUUGUGGCGCACGAGUUCAUUCUCGAUUUGCGUGAUCUGAAGAAAACUGCCAACAUUGAGGCGGUGGACAUUGCUAAGCGUCUAAUGGACUAUGGUUUCCAUGCACCCACUAUGUCUUGGCCGGUGGCUGGCACUUUGAUGAUUGAACCUACUGAGUCAGAGGACAAGGAAGAGUUGGAUCGCUUCUGCGAUGCAAUGAUUUCGAUACGGGAAGAGAUUGUCGAUAUUGAGGAGGGACGCAUGGACAAAGUGGUGAAUCCACUGAAGAUGGCGCCGCAUACGCAAGCGCAAGUCAUCUCAGACAAAUGGGACAGGCCAUAUACCCGCGAGCUGGCUGCUUUCCCAGCGUUAUUUGUUAAACCAGACUCAAAGAUUUGGCCCACUGUUGGCCGAAUUGACGAUGCCUAUGGAGAUAAACAUUUGGUUUGCACUUGCCCGCCUAUUCUGCCUGACAUUUAGAUACUAGUAUCGCGGUCUACUUUUGAUGUCUUAUAUUUAAGUAUAAAUAAGUUUUUGUAUAUUAAUAAAGUAUAAUAAAUUUUUAGUA